CAAAUGGAGCUGCUUCUGGUGAAUAAGCUGAAAUGGAAUCUGGCUGCAAUGACCCCCCACGAUUUCAUUGAACAUUUCCUUACUAAAAUGCCUCUGGCAGAGGACACCAAGCAGAUCAUCCGUAAACAUGCUCAGACUUUUGUGGCUCUGUGCGCUACAGAUAUUAAAUUUAUUUCAAACCCACCUUCCAUGAUCGCAGCUGGCAGUGUGGUAGCAGCUGUGCAAGGCCUGCAUCUGGGGAACACUAACACUUUCCUCUCCUAUCAAUGCCUCACACAUUUCCUAUCACAAGUUAUCAAAUGUGAUCCGGAUUGUUUACGAGCCUGCCAAGAACAGAUUGAAUCCCUCCUUGAAUCCAGUCUACGUCAGGCACAGCAGCACAACGUAUCUUCAGAAACAAAGACUGUAGAGGAUGAAGCAGACCUUUCCUGCACACCUACUGAUGUGCGAGAUGUGAACAUUUAAGAGGACUUCUUCUAAUGGGUUUGCUUGGUGAGAAAAGCAGACAAAGAAAGGGCAUCUGAGAAGGAAUCAGCAUCAGGAUCUCCCCCCCAGAAACCCUUUUCUCCAGGACAUUUUUAUACCAGAAGGGAAAACCAGUCUUGUUAUAUUUUUUCUUGCUCUGUCUCCCUUCCAUCUGUGACUUCAAACAAACAAAUAAACAAAAAAUACCCCAAAAACUGUCUUAAAAAAAGAAAAAAAUAGUAUUUGCAUUACCCCCAGGGGUUUGUGCUACAAAAAUAGAGGAUUUUAUACAAUAAUAAUCAACUAGUUUUUAUAUUAAAGUGUUCUUGUCUGUAUGUUGUAAAAAUAGGCAUUAACACACAAAAUGUCUCCAGGGGAGGUAUUAGAUUUGAUUUCUUACAUAUAAAACCAACCAACCAACCAUUUUUAAAGUAGAAGAGGUCUUUUUUUUUUUUGAUAGUAAAUGAAAUACUCUUUUUUUU